CUAAACACACACACACACACACAUUCAGCCUGUCACACACACAAACGCCUUUGCCUGCUCAAACCCUCCUAAAUCUGUUUUUCUGCUGGAGACCAACGAGAGCCAACAGCUGCCUCUGCUGAGGACAGACAAGAGGAACAGAGGGACGGGAGGAGAGAGGAAAAACCCCAAAAGCCUCUUGAACUUCUGGCUCCGUGACUCCAGCAGUCCAGUCGAGUCCAGCGAGGGAGCGUUUUAUUGUUUCUUCUUUCCCUACGUGACACAAGGGGAACGAAGAGAGAAGAGGGAUCUGGAGUUCACGCCGCACAUACUUGGGAGUGAAUGGGUUGCCAUGGUUACUCACCCAGGGAGCCUGACCUGUGCGGAGUGAAUGGAGGGAGCGCCCCGGACACCGAGUGACACGACAAACUAACCAGGAGGAGAGUCGCUGGAGAACGCGAGAGGGAGCGAAGAGAAGCGAGGCAGAGCAGAAUAAGUGGAGCAGAGAGUCUCAGAAUGGAGGACGGCUUUUCCAGCUACAGCAGCUUGUAUGACACCUCGUCGCUGCUGCAGUUUUGCAAUGAUGACAGUGCGUCCGCAUCCAGCAGCAUGGAGGUCACGGACCGCAUCGCCUCCCUGGAGCAGAGGGUCCAGAUGCAGGAGGACGAGAUCCAGCUGCUCAAGUCCGCUCUGGCUGACGUGGUCCGCAGGCUCAACCAAUCUGAGGAGCAGCAGGCCAUGAGCUCACGACGAGGGCCCACUAAAGAGCCUACUUUGAUGAGAAAGUCUCCCUCAGCAGACAGCCAUGUUGGGAAGUCAGCCCGGCCGAUGAUCGCCACCCUGCCAUUACGACCCUCGGUGAACAACGGGACCAUCGUACCAAAAAAAAGUGGUGGCACUCUGCCAUCCCCAUCUGGUUCUGCAUCCAGAAAGGACACCAGCGCGCCAUCUAGCAGAAGCACGGUGAGGAGAGCCAACUCCAACGAGCAUGUGGGUUCUCUCACACGGAAAGAUUCGGGUGACUCCAAGGGCAACAGAACUCGCGCGGGGUCCACGGGAAGUAAUUCCAGCGGCAAAAGAAGUGACAGCAAGCAGAGGGACCCAGUGUUCAAUGCAGGGAUGCGACGUGUGACCCACUGCAAAGAGGAAGGUUAUGUGAAAAUGUAUCUAAAAGGCCGCCCUAUCACCAUGUUCAUGCCCAAAGACCAAGUGGAAGGCUACUGUCUGGAGGCGAGAGCUGACCUUCCAGUCAACAAACUGAAACUGGACUGGGUAUACGGUUACCGCGGACGAGACUGCCGCUCAAAUCUUUACCUGUUGCCCACCGGGGAAACCGUGUAUUUCAUUGCCUCAGUCGUGGUCCUGUUCAAUGUAGAUGAGCGGCUACAGAGACACUACACUGGACACACAGACGACAUUAAAUGCUUGGCAGUCCACCCUGAUAAAAUUACCAUAGCAACCGGGCAGGUGGCCGGCACCUCUUCUGAGGGUAAAUUGGCUCCACAUAUUCGUGUGUGGGACUCAGUCAGCCUCAACACCCUCCACGUUCUGGGGGCCGCCUACUUUGAGCGAGCCCUUGUCUGCCUGGCUUUUUCCAAGUCGAACGGAGGAAACACUCUCUGCGUCGUUGACGACUCUAAUGACCACGUGCUGUCGGUCUGGGACUGGCAGCGAGAAGACAGACUGGCUGAGGUUAAGAGCUCCAACGAGACAGUCUUCGCUACAGAUUUUCACCCGACUGACAGCAAAAUCCUGGUGACCUGCGGCAAGUCCCAUCUCCAUUUUUGGAGCUUGGAGAAAGGCGUCCUGGUCAAAAAACAAGGCCUUUUUGAAAAACAGGAGAAGCCCAGGUUUGUUUUAUGUGUGACCUUUGCAGAAAACGGAGACACUAUCACAGGAGACUCCAGUGGGAACAUCUUAGUGUGGGGGAAAGGCACUAAUCGCAUCAGCCAUGUCGUCCAAGGAGCUCACGAGGGCAGCAUCUUUGCCCUGUGCAUGCUGAGGAACGGCACGCUGGUGUCCGGAGGUAAAGACUGCCGGCUCAUCUCUUGGGACAGCAGCUACCAGCAGAUCCAAACAUUGGAGGUUCCUGAAUUGUUUGGUCCAAUCCGGACGGUAGCUGAGGGCAGAGGGGAGACUGUUCUCAUCGGAACCACAAAGAAUUUUGUACUACAAGGCACCUUAGAUGGAGAGUUCCUGCCCAUCACACAGGGUCAUACUGACGAACUGUGGGGUCUGGCCGUCCAUCCCAGUAAGCCUCACUUUGUCACCUGUGGCUAUGACCGGCAAGUUAGUCUGUGGGACUCCAGUUCACAUCAGCUCCUCUGGAGUAAAAACAUGGAAGACUCUGCCCAGUCAGCAGACUUCCAUCCGUCCGGAGCUGUGGUUGCCAUAGGAACGCAGACUGGCAGGUGGCUGGUACUGGACACUGACUCCAAGGAUUUAGUCACCGUGCACACCGAUGGCAAUGAACAGCUUUCUGUUAUCAGCUUUGGCCCAGAUGGUAACUUCCUAGCCAUUGGCUCUCAUGACAACUACAUUUACAUCUAUGCUGUGGCAGAAAAUGGCAGGAAGUACAGCAGAGUGGGCAAGUGCUCGGGUCACUCCAGUUUCAUCACCCACUUGGACUGGUCAGUGGACUCGCAGUACCUGGUGUCAAACUCAGGAGACUAUGAGAUACUCUACUGGAUCCCAUCUGUGUGCAAACAGGUGGUCAGCAUGGAGACCAUAAGAGAUAUUGAAUGGGCCACACACACCUGCACUCUUGGCUUUCAGGUUUUUGGUAUGUGGUCCGACGGCUCAGACGGCACCGACAUCAAUGCUGCCAGCAGGUCCAACGAUAAAAGCCUUCUCGCUACCGGGGAUGACUUUGGGAAGGUUCACCUCUUCUCAUAUCCCAGUUCUCAAUUCAGGGCUCCCAGCCAUGUUUACGGUUGCCAUAGCAGUCACGUGACCAAUGUGAGCUUCCUGCAUAACGACUGCUGCCUGGUGUCGACGGGAGGGAAGGACAUGAGUGUGAUGCAAUGGAGGAUAGUUUGAGUGACAAGACGGCACUUGCAGCUCGAAGCUGCGCCACAAGAGAACUGAACCAAGUGGAAAUGCCUGAAAGGUGGAUCUGGACUGAGGUGAACUAACAUAGGGUUUUGUUUGUGGUUCUGCUUUCAGGUGCCACAAAGAGAUGAACUUGGUGAGGUGUUGCUUAGUGUUUCUCCUUUUUUUUUUGCAUUCAAUCACACUACAUGUAAAAAUUGUAAUAUACCAGUUAAUACUUACAUGGAACAUAUCCAACAACAAAAAGAACCAAAGGCUUACAUUUUUCACUGAAUUUGUGCGGUUGUGUACGCUUCUGACACAGCAUUUGGACUAAAGGUUUGUGUGGACUGACUAUAAUCGAUUGAAAUGCAAACUAUAUUGUCUCAACCCACUCAGGAAACCACUGGAAUAAUCACAUUAAUAUGAUGCUCAAUAAAAAGCGCAUAGUUUAUUGGCAGACAUGAACACUUCACACAACAAGGAGGUUAUGAUUACUGGAUACUUGUUGAUGAUCCAGUUAUGAUUCAAGCCGAUUGAAGUGAACAGGAGUAAAGGCUCCAAACGUAUGUGCGGUAAUAAUUAGUGCAUCAGUGUUUUUUGCCAAGAACAGUAUCUUUCUGUUGAAGGGUGAGACCAUAUCACUGUAACUGUCUGAUGUGCACCAUCAGUCCAGGCAAGAUAUUUAAUUUGUCUUUUUAUCCUUUAACCAGCUUGACCAGGCUAGUACAGAAUUUAGUUGCGUCAUCGAGCUUUUAGGAAACCACUCAUGCUUCCAUUCAACCCUGUGAUCUGUUAGUUGAUCUACUGUAAGCUAACAUUUCAGGAACGUUAUUCUGAUUGGAGUAAAAGAUUGUGCGGGGAAUGCUGUGAACUGGAAUCUGUCCUUCUGUACAAUUACCACUGAACAUUUAACUUUUGUCCUACACUAAAACCAAAAUAAAAGCCCUAAGAUUCUGUGUCAAAAUUGUCAACACCCUUUGGCUCAUGUUUUGUUGAAAACAUACAUGGUUCAUCAAUUGUUUUUCUAUUAAAAACUUAAAACCGAACCCCAUAAAAAUGUUAUUAAAUCCCACAAAAGUCCGGCAAAUUGACCUUAAACUUCAGUUUGUGUGCGAUCGUUUCCCCAAGUUUCAGUUAUUUUGGUCGCUUUGCAUUAAAGUCAUGUUUUUUUGGGUUUUUUUACAAAUCAUGCUUCACGUGGGCAAACUUGUAUACCGUUCCUCUUUGGGAUUUCAAAAUCAAGUCCCAUAACUCACUGCACUUCUGAACGUAGUCAAAAAUUCAGCUUUUUGAUGAAGCAUAACAAUAUUUAAAAAUUUCCUCCUGAAAAUGUUCUUGUACUACAGCAGGCCUAAUCAAUUAGUGGCCCGAGUUUAGUUCCAAACUUGGGAAACAAACAGUAAAUUCCUAAAAACACUGAGUGCUCCUGUUGUAAAGAGGAACUUGGACCACUGUAAACACAUUGGCAGACCCUUGCAUUGACAUUUUAACCUGGUUAGCAAACAUAGAACACUGGGGUCUAAACUUGUGAUUUACAUAACUGAGGUGUUCCUCAUGGCACCCCUUUAGGUUCUCUCCUUUUUAGCAGUUAUUUGUGAUUUAUGAAACUAAGGUGUUGCUGUAACCUAUUUACUUCAGAUGGAGUCAGUAGUCAUUUGUUCAACUUCUUUAGUUAAAAUGUAUUGUUUAUCAAGGUUCCAUUUUAGGUCCUUUUUUUUCAUCAUUUAGGCUAUUCAACUGGUGGCCAGGAGUUAGUUCAAAGACUGUUGAGAGAGUUCACAUUUUUACUUUUAGAUUCUUAAAAACACCAGAGUGCUGUCAUAGAGAUAAUCUUUGACUAGAUUUUUUGCAGAAGGUCCUUCAAAAACAACAGAGAGCUCCUGGAACUCUGGCAAAAUUAAUAUAUUAAAAUCAGAUGUCUACUGUCGAGGAUGCUGGUUUUCCAAAAUAUGCAACAUGAGACUAAUAAGAAGUCAGAUCUAAGGUUUUUGGAAAUGAGGACCCCAGUACUAUUUAGUUAAAUAUCCCUGCAGUGCAGUGUCUGAUUUGUUGGCCUCUAAACAAAAUACAUGUUCUUGGUUGACCAAGACAUGUUGGAGAAGACUAUUGUUCCAAAAACUGCUCAGUGGCCUUGUGGUUAGAGUGUCCGCCCUGAGAUAGGUAGGUCGUGAGUUUAAACCCCGUCCGAGUCAUACCAAAGACAUUACCUCCCUGCUUGGCACUCAGCAUCAAGGGUUGGAAUUGGGGGGUUAAAUCACCAAAAUGAUUCCCGAGCGUGGCCGCUGCUGCUCAAUGCUCCCCUGACCCCACCAGGGGGUGGAACAAGGGGAUGGGUCAAAUGCAGAGGCUAAUUUCACCUCACCUAGUGUGUGUGUGACUAUCAGUGGUACUUUAACUUUAACUUUAAUAUUUCAAGGACAAAGUUGGCUUGUAUACCCUGAAAAAAAAAGAAGAUAUAUUAUAUUCAAAGAUUUUUGAGUUCUGUUUUCUCAGGCAUCACCCUGUCUGCUUGAAUCCUCCAGAGGGUUCUUAUUCCAUGGAAGAUUUGAAACACUCUACUUUGUUGUGUUUUGUAUGAAUGCAAUCGAUAUAUUCUGCCGGGAGGUUAUCGGGAGAGGCGCUGAAUACCGGGAGUCUCCCGGUAAAACCGGGAGGGUUGGCAAGUAGGAUGUGGAGCCAGAGUUUUCAGUGACCCUCUCUUCAGAGAAUUGUAUGCCGGUCAUCCUCCAAAAAAGGUUAUUUACCACAUAUUUGGUUUACUUUUUCAUUGUAGGAGCUAAAAGUCAAUUAAUUUUGCCUGACAUGACGGAAGUUAGCUUAGAAAGGUUUUCUUAAUUUUCUUAAGCUGCUGCACCUGUUUUUUUUGUCACCUCACACAUUGGAAACCACUGGUCUAGUUUAUGCUAAAGUUACCAAAAUCAUACGAGUACUUUUUAAAAUCUAAUGUAUGAAAAUGUUGAAUAUUUUACUAGUAUCAAGUCUAUUGCCACUAGGGGUGUAAAUAUUUGGGCGCCUAACAAUUUAAUCCAAUUCCAAUUCCUGGGGUGACGAUUCCAUUCGGAAUCGAUUCUAGAUUCUUCAAACCGAUUUUGCGAUGUACUGUUGGGUAUAAUAAUUAUAAUGGAACUUUUUCAAAACAAAUUACAGGUUAGAAAAGUUUCUUUAAGUUAUAUGGAGAUGGCCUAAAAACUUAUUUUUAAAAAUAGAUACCCAUAAAAAAAGAAAAGCAUUUAUUUUAAAUAUAUUUGAUUUAUUUUUAAUAGUUUCAAAAAUUGACUAUUAUUAUUAUUUUAUUUUAAAUGAUUAAUCAAUUUAGUAUUUGGAUGAAUAAGAAUUGCGAUUUAUAUGUGACUAGAUUUUUUGUGAAACCCUAAUUGCCACUCUUUUGGUUCAUUGCCAACUAUUCAGCUGAUAAAAAAAAUAUAUGCCUUCUCUAUUAAUUAAUAAUAUGUAAUAUUCAGCAUGCUAAUCAUUCUGUAAUUGAGAACUCGACCAGAACAUGUUAUAAAAUAAUUUACACAAUAUUUCAGCCAACCAGGAAAAUACCCCCACCCCCAUAUUCCUAAACUGAUGUACUAGCAUUUCUUUAGGUGCAAAUAUCACAGAAUAACAUUACAAAACAUCUCUGACAAAUCAUGAUCAUAAUGUAAGACAUUUUUAUUUUGUUGUCAGGGUUUCCCCAUGUGGGGGUGGGGGCGUGGUUAGGGGCGUGGUUGAUAUGACGUCAUUGCAUAAUUUGCUAUGAUGCAUAUAUUUAAAAAAAAGGCACAAAAAAAUGUAUAUAUAUUUAAAACUAACCUGUUAAGUAUAGUAUUAACAUAUAUAUUUUUUACAUAUUAUAAUUGUGUUCUACUUUUAAAUGGUUGAUGCUUAUUGUACAAUAUACUUAUACUUUUAAUUUUUUAAAUUUUUUUUAGAGAUUCCUCAAAUUCUUUUAGUCACUUUAUAUGUAAUAAAAACGAUUGGCAACAAACCUAGUAUCUAUUGUUGGUGUUAUUGGCGACUGCACUCAUGUUUAGAGACUCUGUUUAGAUACUGUCGCGCCAUCUCCGUUAUGAAAAGCGAGCCUGACGUCACACUUGCGUCUCGCUAGUGGGAGCCUUUCUCUCAUUAAAAGCCGCCAGUGUCAUCUUAAAUUGUGAAAAUCGCUGUCCGCGGGUAGUAGGGUACAUCUCGAAUAUAUUAAAGUACGUCCACAGCGCGGACACGCUUCCCCCGCUCCAGACAACCCUGUGCGUAUGGCUGGUGUUAAUGUGUAUGUUAGUGUGUUGUGGUGGUCAUUUUUCCCAUGGUCUCUUUGAACACACCGUGUCGGCGGAGAACGAAGAAGUGUUGUGUGUGAGUGUCUAUGAGUGAAGCACGGAGGCAGACGUGUGUGCACGGAGGAAAUUGGAAUUGGGCUUGUUGUUAGCAUAAAAUUGGCCAAAAAAGAUAAAAAGAGCGUCAAACUUGGUUUGUUUUCUUCUGGACACUACAAUACAGUUAAUUUGUUAGGUGUGGCUAAUAUAAAGCCCACACAUUAAGGAAAAACCCUAAUCGUAUUUAAACCGGAUGUAUAGCGUAGCGCUUUUAUUUUGAAGCUGAAAAAGUGUGUGAUUGGUUUGAGAAAGUGUCUUGACAUGUUUUGAUAUCGGAACGACUGUUUGCAAUUAAAAAAAGUCUCCUUUCGCCAUCCUGCCGACCGUCUCUCAUUUCUGCUGAGCUUUUAUGUGAUCUUACUUACUGAAUCAGUCACAGUAACAAUCUAAAUGUUAUGUUAUUGUCACUGCACCUUAACCGUAAUCUGCACACGGAAGUGAGGCGCCACCCACCUCUAGAACGACACGCACAGCAGGUGUUUGCUGCAGGGAUGUCGCCUCUUGUCACGGCGAAAAAUAGUCUUUCUUGUCGGGAGAAAAACUUGCCAUGGCUUUGAACCUGAUAUUUCCUUAAGGUAGACUUUUCUUUGUCCAUUUCUGCUCCGCUUAUCAGUAGCAAAUAAACUGUUCACCCUGUACACCUCAGACUUCCAGAGUAGCUCCUGGUCCUGACACCUUCACAAAUACUCUGAUGACACUGCUGUGGUCGGGUGUAUCGGAGAGAGACAGGAAAUUGGAGUACAGGACACUGAUCGCGUGGUCUCAGGCUAACUAUCUGCUCCUGAAUGUGGACAAGACCAAGGAGUUGGUCAUCGACUUCAGGAAGAAAAGGGCCCCAGUGGCAUACUUGCCAACCCUCCCGUUUUUAGCGGGAGAAUCCCGGUAUUCAGCGCCUCUCCCGACAACCUCCCGGCAGAGAUUUUCUCCCGACAAACUCCCGGUAUUCAGCCGUAGCUGGAGGCAACGCCCCCUCCAGCUCAAUGUGGACCUGAGACUGAGUGGGAACAGCAUGUUCUCACUUCCGCUUUCCCACAAUAUAAACAGCUUGCCUGCCCAAUGACGUCAUAACAUCUAGGGCUUUUAGAGAGUAGAGUGCACAACUGCACACAAAACAAGGAGACGAAGCAGAAAAACGAGGAAAUUACAGACAUGGCGACGCCGUCGACGAGCAAGGUGAAGAAAUACGCUUGCAAGUUCCAAAACAAAUGGAAACAAGAAUUUCAGUUCAUCCAGGACAGUUCGAAGGGGAAGGUGUAUGUUGCCUGUAAAUUUUGUAGAACAGACUUCUCCAUUGAACACGGUGGCCGAAAUGAUAUACUCAUCAUGAACGGAGAAGUUAAACAGGACAAUACUGCCAUCUAAUGGAUAGCCAC